GCUCAGUUUGACGUAAGCGUUCGCGUAGAGUUGUAUCCGAAGGCGCUACGUGUGGAAAAGCGCUCUGCGAAAGCUCUCGAAGUCCGGGCGCGCAAAAAGUUUAUACGAAUUCAUGAGAUAAAGUCUUCCGGUUCGUGUGCGUCUGAUAUUUGGCCCUUUUCCGGAGUGAAGUUGGAUGAAGUUACGAUUUUUGUUUUGGUUAUUGUGUGUUGUGUUCGUUCCUCUGUGUUGGAUUAUGCUUGACAAAGUGUUCGGAUAGGGCUUAUGGAAAGACCUGGUGAAGAAGGUGAAGAAUCACCACCAGGUCUGGAGGCCAUGUGGGGUGUGGAAACAGGGGCGGACUGUGACUGUCCAGGGCCGCCCCCGGAAUUUCUCCUCCCUCCACCACCUCGACCACCCUUUCUUCAAUCUGCGGAUCCGUCUUUCUGCUCUGAAGAAACAAUAUCCAUAGAAACUUGUGACGCCUUACCUCUAAUCGACGCAAGUUACCGAAGUAGUCCCUCAUUCCAGACCUCGGCUGUGAUAGUGCUGUGCUCCGUACUUCUUGGUCUUUUUGUCUUCAUUGUCGUCAUUGUUGUGUGGAAGCACAAAAGAAAAGUACAAAACUUCCUCCCCUGCAAAAACUCGCCCCAGAAUAACUGUGAUGGUCCCACUGCUCCUGGUGUAAUCUACGAGGAUUUACACGAUGUUCUGCCUAGAGCCACCCCCACGCAUCAUCACCAUCACCACCACCAAUACAACCACCCUGCUGGGGGACGUAUUGCCCCAACGAUAGAGAUGAUUGACGUGAAGAACAACAUCCACUACCCGAGCGGCUACCCCAUAUCACCGCAUCCCCCGGUGUUCCUGUGCUCGUCGCCAGGGCCGGACCCGUACUGCUCCCAGGACCUCUACAACCCCGUAUACGAAGAACUGAGCGACGCCGAAAGUGAUAUGCACCCCGCGACGCACAGCGAGGACGAGUUCGCCGAAGACGAACUAAGUCUGGGCGGCGACAUGGACAGGCGACGUCUGGACAUGCCCCCGCCCCCCUAUCGGAGUGAAGUGCAAUCUAUGCGAAGGGAUAUACCGCGAUUUAGGCGCCCCCACGAACCCUUACCCCCCAUCCCUAACAGUAAACGCAACAGGACUUUAGACAGGCGGAGACAAGAGUUCCACGAAGGCAUGCUCUUGGACGCCCUGCUGCAGCUUUAUCCGAGGGUGGGUAGUGUCGAGCAGCCUCCCAGGAGGCAGAUUCCGAGUAUAGACGAAAGGAUUCAGUGCUUGGCCCAGACGCCCGGGCCCUACGAAACAGUGCCGGUUCUUGGCCAUCUGGCCACCUUCAGGCCGAAGCCCUACUCGCAGGACUCGGCUUUCGGAUCGGACUCCGGUUACAGCAACCACACGAGCGGUACCAGAGGUUCGAAUAGGGGACGCAGAGAUCCCAGGAGACUUUCGCAACUGAGUGCGGACCUGGCAUUGACUUGAGAAAAAUGGUUCGGUUAAAAACGUUCGCGGUUACACCAAAGUCAUAUUUUUAUAGAAUUUUUCACACUUGUUCCAUUUAGUGUUCAGUACUAGCCACUAGCCAUUUGUCACUUCAGGGUCUGGUUAGUUCUCCGUUGGACUAAACUAAACUAAUUGUGCAAUAAUUGUUACGAGAUGGAUCGUGGACUCGCAACUCGGCACCAUCUGAUUGCGAUGUUAAGAAUUGAUGUGAUCCAGAUUCAUAGAGAUAUUGUACAGUCUUUGAGUAAAACACUUAUUCAAACAGAAGAUUUAUGAGCUCAAAAGAAACACUUUUUUCCUUUGCCAUUUUUUCCGAUUCGAUCUAUAUGAAAAGAUAUAGCCAUUUUAAGUUUUCAUAAUGAGCUAUGCCACCCCUGGAAAAACAAAAUUCCCUAAGCUAAAUCUAUGACACUACACAUCAGUGGAUCUGUCAAACAGAUUUGUAUUCAGCCAAGAAUCCAAUUAUGUGGGUGGAAUUUUG